UUGUUUGGGUUUCUGUUUUGUUUUCGUUUAUUUUAAAUUUUUAAAAAGAAAAAAAAAACUAAUAAAAUAAGUAAAAAUGGAUUACGGAGAGCUUCUUUACAAAGCCCAAGAAAUUACUAAAAGUUCUUCGAAGAAAGAAGUCAGAUGUUAUAAAACAGAGUUUGCUCCUCCUAAAAAGUUGGAAAGAUCCAAAGUUUCUUCAGAAAACAUAAAAAAAUUUCUGGCUCGUAAAGAAGCAGAAGAAAAAAAGAAACGAGAGGAUGCUCUAAAGAAAAAAGAGGAACUUCUCGCUUUGAGAAGUCAAGAUAAAAAAGCUCAAAGAAGGGUUCAAGUAAUGCUAAAAUCCACCAAGUCAGCUAAUAAAUCAGUAAUGGAGGAUGCAAUAGAUAAUGUUAAUACAGCUGUUACUUUAGGAGGAUUUAAGCAAUGUGAUGAAGAUGAUUAUGGGUAUGUUUCUCAAGAAGCGUCUGCUUUCUAUAACAAAUUACUCAACAAAUAUGAAAAAAUGCCAAAUGAACCUUCAAUAUUUUCUAAACCUAAGAAGGAAGUUAAAGAUUUAAAUGCUGCUAAGGAUAGAGUCAAGGCUGCUUUACAGAAAGAGGCAGAAGAAGAGAUGAUGCCACAUAAGAGGAAAAAGAGAAAACUGGAUUCUAAUGGUGUGGAGAGUGAGGAACCAGAAGUUAUUAAUGAACCUGAGAAGGAAGUUAAACCCGAUAAAGCUGAAACUAAACCUAAACGUAAAAUUGUUGCUCCACCUCCCUUAAAAUUUGAUCAACUUCUACAGAUUGCAGAGAAAAAACAGUUUGAACCGAUAAUAAUUGAUGAAAGUAAAUUAAAAAAAGAACCGGAAAGGCUUAUGACUAAAAAAGAAAAAAUGGAAUAUGAAAGAGAUGAGGUUAGAAAACAUAUUAAAAAGAAAAAUCCUAAUGGGGUUUCUAAUGGCAUUAAAGAUAGUGAUGCUAAACAUAAAGAUGGCAAAGAAAAAGAUAGCAGAGAUAAAGAGAGCAAAGAUAAAGAUAGUAAAGAUAAAGAUAGCAAAGAUAAAGAUAAAAAAGAAACACAUCUUAAAAAAGGAAUAAAGAGUUCUUCAGAACAGUCGGAUAAGAAUUUGAAUAAUCAUGACCGAACAGUUAAAAAUGACUUAGACAGUAAGAAAGAUAUCAGGCCAAAAUUAGAUUCUCAAAAAAAUGCUCAAAAUGUGAAAGAUAAAUUAACCAGUGACCAACUUAUGGAACGUUUAAAAAAAAAUCCGUCUGUAUGGGCUAAAAAUUUAUCUAGCCAGAAUAUUAAAUUACAAGAGAAAAAGAAAAUCAGUGAUUCCAAUAAGCCUAAAAUUUUACAUAAUGGAGUUCAUGUAAAGAAUGGUUUAAAGCCUAUCUUAAAAAAUAAUUUAGAUUCUACUAAAAACAGUAAAGUUAAAGAAGUAGCCUUUAAAGAGAAGGAGUUAUCUGAUAUUGAUAAGCAAUUGGAAUUACUCAAAUUGAAAAAAGAAAUGUUAGCUGAAAAAACUAGAUUGAAGAAAAUGGAGUUAUUAAAAAUGAAAUAUGCCUCAAGCAAGGGAAAAAAGAUAUCUCAGGAAAGGAAGCCAGUUCAAUCAAAAAGACGCAUUGGUUCAGAUUCAGAAGAAGAAGACUCAGAAUUGGAAGAUUUUAUUGACGAUGAUACAGUUGAAGAUGGUUCCGAUUAUUCAAAAUAUAUAAGUGAAAUUUUUGGUUAUGACAAGUCUAAAUAUUUAAAUUAUGAAGAGGAUGACGAUGAUGAGUGCAUGGAGUCAAAUUUUGCUCAGCAAAUGCGGGAGGAAUAUGUCAGUACUAAAAUUGGUAUAAUGGAAGAUUUAGAGGAUAUUAGAAAAGAGCAAGAGGAAAAGGCUAGGAAAAAACAAAAACUGAAAAAAAAAUAAGUAAUCCCUUAAAAAUAUUUUAAUUUUAAGUUGAUAAAAUUACCUUAUUCUUUUGUAAAUAGUUUUAUUUAAUGUUGGUUUGUUUUUAGAUGUUAUUCAUUAAGGAAAAUAAAAAGAUUAUUUUAUUUUUGUUAUUGUAUGUAUAUUAUUACAAUAUAAAUGAAUU